CAUUCACAGAAAAGCUGGGGUUUCGACAGCAUUCGCCACAGAAAAGCUGAGGUUUCGACAUGACGUAAUACACAUCAAGGAAUCACAGAUGCCCUUCAUUGCGAGACUGUAGCUAGUCCUAGGGAAAGCAGCCCAAUUCUGUUGCGGCUUGCCUCGGACGGUUCCGACUGCUGCUGAUUUGAGACUUCGAUCAUCACUGUUUAUCGUCUUUAUCAAAUCUUCUUCUCACGCUUCCCUUAUCGGCUUCUUCUCACGCUUCGACUUCUUAAUUUUAUCAGAUUGGGAUCAUCCUCAUCCGCGCCGUUGCUAGUGAAAACAACAAGUAUUAACGACAUUUUAUCGUUGCGUCAACAAGAAGUGGCGAGGACAACAACAUUGUUACAGAUAAUAUUGUAGUUCUUCAUCUAGUAGUACUCCUACAACUCGAAUAGUACGAGGUCUCACCUGGUGUUGUAAUUACUAACCACCUGCAGACAAGACCAUCUACUGUUGCUAGACGGAAGAUUACGAUCAGUCCAUCCACCUGGAACCUUGGGCAGCAUAAACACCAGUCACCUUGGGCAACAGAGUACCACCAUCCACCUUGGACAACAGAGUACCACCAUCUUCUACCUAGAACAGCAUAAAGCCCGACCACAAUGGCAACUAAUACCAGUAUAAACUCGAGUAACCCGCCUCGGCUUGCAAGUGUAGUCGGUUUCAAUGCGGAUUUAGGCGUUUUCCCUUUCGAAGAGAAGCUCAUCUAUGCUGCAGGAAAUGUUACGGCUUCGCCAAAUUCAUCUUACUUAAGAAGCAUCUUACGUUGAAACACUUCCUCCAAGGGGAAAAGGGGUUAAAGAUGCGCUUCAAGAUGAAUAUAGAGAAGGUCUAAAAAUGUCGUGGUCGCUGCGGAGGGACCGGCACAAGUGUUUAUGCCGUUGGCCUCUCCCAUCACAGCUCUCACGCUAUGCAAGAGUGGAUUAGUGGAGAGCGCGGUACAAGGAACCUAUUUAUCUGAUUGUUAUAAUUGGUGAUCCUACCGUAGUAGAGAAGAUGAAGAUAUAUGAUUGUUUUUGUUGCUCUUGCUUCUAACAGUAGCAGUAGCAUAAAGACCUAAGAAAAACAAGAAUAUACUAAUGACACGUAGUUGUAAGUAAGUCGAGACACGACAUUUUAUCGUCGAUGAAGAUACGAGCACAGUUUGUCUUUAUUUGUCGGUCACUCAAUUCUUAUUCAGGUCCCAGUAUCAGCUAUUGUACCUUUGGUUGCUGCUGCUGGUGCUCCGACAGGCAAUACUUUCACAGAACUGCGUGUUUUCUUAUGCACCAUGAUGAAUACCAUGUUGGUAUCAUUGUCUAGAUGUUGCUCCUUCAUAUCUAGUUCCCGUUUUAGUUUCGAUGUAACAAGGUGCACGAUCUACCUUGUUAUAGCAAGACGCUCCAUAAUUAUACCUUCACCUUGCUUAGUACGUAGUUUACGCACGACCUAUCAUCAUAGACAUAUUCUACAUAUAUGAUGCGGACACGGCUCUAAUAUCAGCAGACUUCGGAAAAGGGAGCUAUGGGCCAUUAUGCCAUCAUAUGACGGAGAUCGACCAGUUGGCUUUCACUGCGGAUGGCAGCAAACUGAUUUUUAGGGACCUGCUUGCAUUCAUGAUAGAUCUGGAACUGGAUUGUCCUACUCCUAGCAGCAGUAAUUUCACCAUGGACUCCUGCCCUAGUAUCUAUAAUGAUGCCUGAGUGAUUAUAGUCCUGUUGGGCUAGAAAAUCAAGGAACUUGUUCGCAUUUUCUCUCAAUAGUAUAAUGCAUAACUUCUGAAUAGAAUUAGAAAGCUAUCUUCACCACUCUCUAAUUUUUCAAUCGAACGCAAUCGGACGAUGUGCGUUUGGGAUCUGGUAGGGAAAGGCCUCGGCAACUCAACCACAAGAAGGAACGCUAGUCAUGGUAUUCAGAUUUAAGUUCAAUAUUACCACCAAAAAUUGAUUACCGAAAGCGAGAGUGAUACGAUAUGAUACAAUCGGUAUCAGUGUAUCAAAUGAAGCAAAAGCACCGUUUGCCCCUCAUAGAGAAGAACAUUUUCAAUAUGACCAUCAAGCAACAUGAAUAUCAAUGAGAUAAGCCACUACACGUCGUGACUUGUAUCAACAUCAUCCAGAUAAGCCACUACACGUUGUGACUUGCGUACAGAGUAGUAGUUUGGUGCCAUCCGGACUUCGUGCUGUUCAUGGUAUCACACCUCUGCCGGUUCUUUCCACCUGGGAUAAUGUCGUAAAUUUCAGCUCAGAACUGCGCUACAGACCAACGGGAAAAAACGCUGUAUGAAUUGGUUUUGGUGAAGGAUUAAGUACAACUAUGGAUUGGUACACAGGGCGGAUCGUACUAGUUGUUCUAUUUCAUAGAUACGUUCGCCUCUUCGUACUCGGGCUAUAUCUUACCCAGUAGAUGAAGUACCCUAAUAUCCCAAAAAGUCGUAGAUGAGUAACCUCAUAGUACCCUCUCAUAUCCCCUCGUAGCGGAUCGCAGUACACGCUCAGAGAAGACUGCAUGUCCAGUGGAAGGACGAUAUUUUUACAAGGUCCGGAUACCUGGCGAGCGACCACCCUUACGAUUCGUCACUUGGGGUGCGCAAACAGCCACAAAAUUCUACUCCAUCGAUCGACGACAUCCAAAACAGUAUGAACGGAGACUAAGUAAUUCUACUCCAUCGAUCGACGACAUCCAAAACAGUGUGAAGAAGGGAGUAAUCAUAGAUUUACAGAUUUACAAUAGUUAUGCCACCUGCAAUGGGGUACUGAUGUUAGAUCCUUUUUGUGGUUGUCAGGGUACUUCCCUCACGAAGAUACCGCGAUUAGACAACGAGGCUAGUAAGCUGCCUUGUAUGACCUGGUAUAACAGAGUGAGAAGUGGUAUUCGUGAUCGUAAUAGCUGGUGUAUGCUAUACAUCACAAUGAGCGAGAAGCAAGGAGUCCCCUUCAUACUCAGGCGCUCUGUGUGUCCAAAGCGAGUUUCAAUUGCGAGGAGCUCAAUCUAACGAAUACAGGCGUCGAGCAACGUACUAGUAUUUGUCCUACGAAGAUUACGUGCAUUGCGCUCCAUCGGAUGAGAAAGAUAAUUACCGCAACUAAAUCACAUUUUCUGUAUCAUCGAUACAACUUACGCUAUCGUACAUGUCUUACUUGAUAGAAGUGCCUUGUGAAUUGUUUAUGUCAUCAUCAUGUUGAUCUUCAUCUUCAUGUCUCAAAAAAUCAGAUGUGGUUACCUCGUGUUGUGUCUUGGCAGAUGGUGUGCACACACUUUUGGGAGUGCAGAACUCGCAAGUUUUCUUUUUCGAGGAUGCGCAGGCCUUGCGUGUUUUCGCCCCUCCGGCAGCACCAGGACCUUCUUUCGCGAUAACGAGUCUAGUUUUUUAUGGACGAGAUGAUCGCGGAUCAAUUCCAAUGAGUACACCUGGCAUUCAUAAUGACUUAGAUACUUCUAGUCCAGGUCCACCCUCUUCCAUCUUCAUUCCCAAGUCGGCAACAGCGAGGACUCAGCGUCAAGCAGUGGGACUGUAGCAGUCGGUCUGGCGAGUGGGCAGAUUCUUUCUGUUGGCGAAGGUUUCUUCUUCGAGGAAGUCUCUCGACAUCUAAGUAUCCGCGGACCAAGUGCAGCAGGAGGAGGAGGAAGGGGAUCUGUGCCAGGUACCAGAGUUGUACACUUGACUUACACUUAAAAGUGUGGAUAAAAAAGGGUCGGUCGUUGUCUUUGUUCCUCAUGUAUGACCAUCAAUCUUCAUCGUCAUUGAUCGAUGUGCGUGAUCCAUAACCUAGCCUCGUUAUCCUCACCGUCAUUCUUCUCUUAUAACCUUCGUGCUUGCAGAAGAGUCAAAAGAUUUCAUUUGCCCGCUUCAAUGAUUUACAGGUCGCAAAGCCUCAGUCCCGGCAAGAAGCCAUGUAUAUGCUAACAGCAAGAUGCCAGCUGUCCUACCUGCGGACUCGGUCCUCGAUGUCACCUCUGGUUAAGAAAGGGUUGUUUUUUUUUCUCCUGAGCUUUAGAUCAGCUUACAACUGCGAUUGUCUAGGCCCUAGGGUCGCAUCUUUCUACUUGACGAUAUCCUUGCCGAUAAUAGUUGUAAAAAUGGAGAGUAACUAUUGACUCCUGUAAGUGCAACCUCUAUCGUCAUUCUGUAGCCGUAACGCAGGACACAAUGUCGAAUAGAACAACAUCAACAUCCUGCCCUAAUGGCCAGUAGGGAACCCAUCUGUGAUGUUGCAAGGUCGUGCAGUGGAAACGAAUGCCUUCGAAAUUUCAGCAGCCAAGGUCAUGAUUGCGAAAGACAGGUCACCGAGGAAGCGGGUCUUACAAAGCAUGGAGAGAAAGGCUUUGCAAUUUCGGAAGGGUAGUGAUUCAUUAGAUUUCUUGGAGGUAGUACUAGUACUACUUCGGGUUCUUGGAUGUAGUACUACUUCUUUGGAAAGGUAUUGAUUCUGUUCUUGGAGGUUCUAGUACUACUUCGGGUUCUUGGAGGUAGUACCACUUCUUCGGAAAGGUAUUGAUUCUGUUCUUGGAGGUUAUCGUACUCCUUCGGGUUCUUGGAUGUAGUACCACUUCUUCGGAAAGCAGGUAUUGAUUCUGUUCCUAGAGGUUGUAGUACUACUUUCGGUUUCGUCGUCUUUCCUUAGAGAUUAGCGUCUUUCCUUAGAGAAGUGUUUGCCAAGAAUACCCACCAACAGACGCAGCCACCUUGCAGAGCACACUUAACGAUAAAAAGUGUAUUACGGCGACUCAUGUCAUGAAAAAGAAGAAAGCGGCGGUCGACUAUGAUUACAUUGUGGCGUCAAAAAGCCACGUCUUUAUGGUGUCUGGUAACGAUGCUCGAGUCGCCAUGGCACAGCCGCGAGCAGAAGCCACAGGUGAAACGAUUUUCUGUAAAAUCAAAGCUAGGUGGUUACUUCAUCCAUUAAAUAGUAGAACUACAACUACUUCUCUAAAGAUUUAGAUUAGAUUUUCAAUUUAGCUACAUACCCGACUACGACUACCGCACUUUUACGACGAUCAGGUAUCUGCCUCGUCCCUCCAACGUCGGUGUUUGAGCGAAAUUCGCCACAGCAAGUAAAAACUUCCUACGCUAUCGGAAGUGUAGACGGGUGGGUGCAUUUUAGCGAUAGAACACCGAUUCAAGUUCCAGGUGGGCAUGCAGUACACAGCGUGUGUAGCACCUAUUAUGUUGAGGUCAUGAAUGUUUGUGUUUCAGAGUUGAGGUCUUCAAAUUUGCAGGGUGUGGCAUGAUGACUGUUGGCAAAUUGAGAUUCUUCAGCAAGAGUCGGUUUUUUUGUUCGCGCUUUAACUAACACUAUUUUCUCUGUCAAACAAGAAGAAGAAUUAUAUCUCCAAGCAUCAAUCAGAAUCACGUAAGUGCCUAUUCCCAACAAGAAACCUCCUUAGAACUCUAAGUUCUUCAACCCGAAGGAACCCCAGCCUACGGGCCACCAGAGUACUUGGGAGCAGGGUGCGCCGAUAGCAAACUAUUCAUUUUUGCGUUUCCCAACCUCAGCCGACCCAUCUUUCAGCGAGCUCUGGGUAGUAGUGGAACGGAUCAACUGACGUCGUGUGCCUUCUCACCUUUCAACAACGCGCAGAAAACGUAUCAGGUAGCCUGUGGAUCAGCAGAGGGGCUUGUCUAUCUCCUCACCUUGACGAACGACAGCUGGACAAGCGUCCACACCACCACGAAGAUGAACAGUCACGCUAGUGUUAGGGCAGCAGGCGGCAUAGUGGAUGGGCGCCCAGAACGAAGCGGAGAACCUUGUAUGGAACAAAGUUGAGAGACUCAGAGCAGAUAAGUACAACAGAGAAGGAACUGAAGGUUUCCAGACACCACCCUGGGUGCAAUAACAUCACUGGCAUUUCUCAACGUCGUAUACGUCACACUUAAAAGUGCUUUGCCUAUGAUCAAAAAUCUUCCGAAGUCUUCUUACUACCCUCUGACUAUGCUAACUCCAUCUCGCCAAGAUAAUCCCACAAACUCAGAAACCCAACCACUUUCAUUCCAUCUUCGUCUUUCGCGGCUCAACGAGAUCAGAUAUUGAGUGGCAUACUGGCGAACAACAGUGACUUGUCUCUCUUACCUGGUCCGAAAGGAGUACUGCAUUUGCGAGGCCACGUAGCGCCAGGUGUACAGCGGUGCGGAUUUAGUAUUAAGAAGGUGGAGAUCAAGGAUCAACAUUUUACCUCAUUAAUACAGCUUUCAUUAAUAACUGAAACUGCAGGAACGAACGAAGGUUAUCAUUUACACUUAGGGACCACGACGGACAACUAAACUCCCUUAUAUUUACACUUAGAUUACCCUUCGAUUAAACUGAAUCAGCUUUCAAGGCGUCGUUGACCAGGUUGGACAUUCCUUGGUGACAUCUUCUUUAUUUGGACAUUUCCUCCAUAUUUCUAAUACCAGUUGCGGCAAUUUUCUGAUGACAGUCGGCUUUGAUGGACGACGAAUCGCGUACGAGACGCACUCAGGACAGCGCCUACCAAGCAUUUCGCUACUAGCGGAAGUGAAAUUCCUAGACAAAAGCUUGCUGAACUACAAUGGGCCUGUUGUUCUUGGUAGUAAUGACUCAGGUGUUCUUGAGGGAGGAGAAGGUACAACGAGUUGUAACGAACAAGAAGGCGGGCUCAGUACUAGUUUUUAUGUUGAAGAGAAUGCUAAGAAGGCGUCUUCCAGUCAAGGUGGUGAGCCAGGACAAGCGUCGAAGACGAAGAAUAGUUUCGCAUUCGCGCCACGUAGUCGCACCGCUGCAGGCGCGUCGCAUGCGGCAGCGGACGGCUCAGCGUAUUUAGCGCAGCUAUCGGCUGGAAGUAAGAACGCGCAAUUGAUGAUCCAUCCGCAUAGCCGGUCAGUGCACCACUCAGUACUGACUUACAACAAGAGCAAGAUUCAGCCGAACCCGACAGCAGCGCAGGGACGACGGCCAACCACAAGUUACACUACACUAAGUGCAGCAAAGAAAUCGGUCACGCCAGUGUACGAAAAAGUCCUGGCAGCUUCGUCUCGGAGUAAAGGAGCAGCUACAAGGGUGAGCGGAACGAAGGUUAAGACCCCAUGAUCUAUUUCUAGUAAUUGAUGUAGUCUGUUGAUGAUCUAUAAAUGCAACCCCAAACCCAAAAUCCUUCCUCAUCUUCUAACAAUGUCGCAGGAGGGAUCACAUCGAGCUUCGGUCCUUUGCCAUGCUGUUCCGAUAGUAGCAUAGGAGCAGUGGUGCAGAGCGGGGAAUCCCUGAUCGUUUCCCUGAAAGGGAAACAACAGCAGUUUAUCUAUCAAAUCUAAGGAAAGAAAUUGAAAUAAGGGGGUUUCCCUUUGGGUUUUCUUCUAGAAGACGAGGAGUGGUGUUUUACUUAUUAUCGUUGAACGAAUUAUCCUUAUGUUGGUAUUAGCAAUUGUAGUCAGGAGUGGGAAUGUGAAUCUGAUAGGACCAUGAAUAUGUUGGAGAAGUCGAAGUAAAGCUUUAGAUCGUGUUGUUGUAGUUCGAGGUUUUCUUUAUGUCUUACUUUCUUUCAUCGUGAAAAUCGAAAGAAGUAGUAGUGAAUUCAGUUUAGGUUUGUGGGCUUACCUUCGUAGGUUCAGGUGGUUUCAAGAGUAGGCAGUUCAAGUAAUUUUUCUUUGAAUAGUACCAAAGGAUAAGAUAUUUGACCACUAUGAUAUGUGUAUGCUUGCUGUGUUUGAUCAGAUUUGUCCCACUUCCAAAGAUAUUGAUUUAUUUUCGCUUGAAGUUGAACAGUUUUUACAGUUACUUAGAGAGCGCAUCAGACUACGGUUAGAUUUUGAGUGGAGUUCCAAGUUUGAAUUGUUCUUGAUCCUGUUGAUGUUUCUAGAGGUGCGCAAGACUACCUGUAUUGACAUGUUUGAAGAGUCUCUUGUUUUUUCAGCUUCAAUUUCGUACUUUUUUUUGACAGCAGGAUGUAGAUAGCAGCAAAGAGGAAGAUUAUACAUAGAAGUAGGACUGAAUAUGAAGGCGUUAAAUGAACAGAAAACCCACUCCUGUGGCUACGAGUGGCUAGCUAUUAUAACAAUGGGAUUGGAGGGCUCUUCAGUAGCCACUGAAGUCUGCUGGUUUACCUAGUGGACCCACACCUAACCUAUAGAUACAUAGUACCAGGCUUUAGUGGUGAACUACAAGGUGAGAGCAGUCGUUAAUGACAUUAAGCAGUCGAUUGAAUUGUACUAGAACAUACGCUGAUAAUAUUAUCUGUUUCACCGAUGAGGCGAAGCAAGUUGGAUAGGAAAUGAAAUCGAAAACUCGUGGGCCAUUUACAGUCCAUAGUAAGAUAAGAUAUGAAACAAGAAUCAAGAUGAAGGCCCUCGUCAGGCUACUACGCACUGCUAGCUGCAUGAGGUCUAUGCAAG